CUAAGCAUCUUAGAGGCAAAUACUUUAAAUUUAAAAUUAAGGAGCUAUAAUUUAUUUUGCGAACACUGAAUCAGCUGCUUUGGAGGCGUGAUGUUUGUUUCAUUUCGUUGCUUUAGUCAUUUCUGUUAGAUCAAUUCUUCGUGAGUUUGUGUUGAGCAUUGCUUUACGUAGCAUUAGCAGUAGUUUCCGAGAAGACCUUAGGGAGAACUUGAGAAUCUAUACGAUUCCGACUCACUUAUCUAUCGGACUGCUAACCUGAGAAUCCACAACAUUCGAUUUCUGAAGAAAAAUUAAUUGCGUGGAGAACCUGAACCAUGAGUAACGAAGACGAGGCACUGAAGACUGCUAAGCUCAAACGCCGAGCAGCCAAGUCUACAUUGACAAGACUAGGAAAGGCCUUGAAUCAUCUGUGUAUGAAUAAAAGACCAGCAAACGAGGUAAGCGACUAUCUCGUUAAAGUAAAACAAGCGUUCGACGUUGUAGAGAAACAUGAGCUUUAUGCAAAUUUGAUUAUGAAGGAUGAAGCUUUUGAAGCAGAAGAGCAUUGGUUAGAUGAGUGCCAAAACGAAUUUUUAAAACUUGAUAUUGAGGCAAAAUAUUAUAUUGAACAAUUGGUUUCAGUGAAAAUUUCAGAGACUAACAUCAGUCAAAACGAGCAAAAUUUGUCUGGAAUGAUCGGAAUGCAAAAUGCUGACAGCGCAAGUAAUAUGAGCCCCGCAGUUAUUGAGGAAAACCAGACCAGCGUAGGUGAUGAAAUUAGCAAUGUAGCGGAAAGUUCCCCUGCGGUAAUUUCCGAGGAAUAUGUCAACACUCCCACAGAAAUAAGCCCAACAAAUGAGGAAAAUUUUCCGAAUCAAAUUGCGUCCCAGUCUGAAGUAAAAAAUGAAUCUGAAAAUACACGAAGUCCCUGCGGGUUUCAAAUGGAAAAACCAAAGCUACCGAAAUUUUCGGGCGACGUACGUGAAUAUGCAAUAUUUCGUGCGGAUUUCAAGCAUGCAAUUGAAUCGAGAUAUACAAAACGAGAUUCAAUAACACUACUGCGAACUUGUUUGAAAGAGAAACCUUUUGAAUUAAUAAAAGGUAUUGGUUCUGAUUAUGAUGCAGCGUGGGAAUACUUAGAUUCAAUUUACGGGGACCCUCGUACGUAUCAGACACCAUAACGCAGGACAUCGUUAAAUUUAAAGCCCUAGAAACAGGAGAAGACGCGCGUUUCUGUGAUUUAGUUCAUUUGGUUAGGCGGUGUUUCAACGCGUUGAAAGAGGUAGGGGUUCCGAGUGACAUGGAUAACAGCCACAUGCUAUCCAUGAUUGAGCAAAAGAUGUGUCCAGAUGAUCGAAAAGUGUGGUCGAGAGACUUAGAGAGAGAGCAAAAGCCCGCAACCCUUAAAGCGUUGAUGAAUUGGAUGACAAUUGAGAUGAAGUCGCGCAUGCGUGCAACAGCCCCAGUCAGGAGUGGUACGUCUUUCACUCGACGCAAAGUCAAUCAUGUCAAUGGUAC